AUGAGCCAGGAAGAGUUACAGCGCAACGGGCUUGUGCGCACCCGAUUCUACUCUCGAUCCUUGUGGAACCACCUGCAGCGCCGGACGAUUGAGAAAACAACUGUCACUCACCGCAGUGCGGUUUCUAUGCCGGCGCGAGCGGUAACUGGCUCCUCGAAGCACCUCGUCAAGGACGUUCAAUCUUCAGAGGGGCGCACUCCAUUGUCCGUUAGUCGGGCGAUCUGCGAACGACUGUCCGAAGUCCUUGCGAUUAGGACCGAGGAUAUCGAUCCUUCCAAGCCAGCACACGUGUACGGAGUAGACUCGUUAGUCGCGAUGGAGAUGCGGGUUUGGUUCAAGGAGGCGUUGCAAAUGGACGUAGCGGUGUUUGAAAUCAUGAGUAACCGGCCGAUUGAGGUUUUGGCUCGUGAGGUUGUCUUGAUGCAUGUUUGA